CUUCCCCUUCCUUUCGUUCCCAAUCCGGAAGCGCGCCGAGAAACGCAGGAUGUUGACGAAACCCUAGCCGCCCGAUUCGCCUCGCUUCUCCAUGGGCUCGCCCAAUUCCGGCGACGAAGACGACGACGACGGCGCCGUCUUCCACGAUGCCUCCGACGACUUCUCGUUCUACGAUUGCCCGCCUCCCGACGGCCCCGCCGCCUCUCCUCUCGACGGACCGGGGCCAGAGCCCUCGCCGGCGAUCCCCUCCGGCCUCCGGCGCCGGAAUUCGGGUCGGGUCCCCGCCGGAGGGGCGGCCGAGGCGGAAUCGGGCUUCGCCGCCCGCUCCGGGGAGAAGAGGUUCCGGCUCCAUCGCGAUUUGAAGGGAGGCGAGGGUCCUAUCGAGCGGGCGCGCUCGGAUGUGGACGGGAUGGGCUCGAUUUCGGUUCCGGACAUUGCUUGGCGCGAUAAGGGCGAGGAUUCCACCGUAACAACGUCGAACGAUGCUGGAGUCGUCGGCGACUCGGCGGAGUCGAUCGCGACUCCGUUCGAGGCCUGUAAUGGCGGGAGCGAGCGGAAGGACGACGUGUCUGCAGCGAGCACGGUGGUUGAUGAACGAGUCGGCGACUCGGCUGACUCGCCGGCUGCGCUCGGCGAAACCGCCUCUUCGGGUUUGCUCUUAUCUAUGGCGGGACUGCUAAUUAAGGCGAUUGGAUUCCAAAUUAACUUGUUAGUUAGCUUUUUCACAUUCCCAUUUUGGUGUUUUCGUGCAUUUUACGCGGUCGUCUUCGACCCCUAUGCGACAAUAAGGCGAGGCGGGGAGUUUAUAACUGGGAAGUUAUCGGGCAUAUGGAAUUCGGUAUGCGAUAAUAUGAGUCCUUUUGUACAUGAAUGGUUCAAGGACAAUAAGUCAUUUUGGAAGCUCGUGCUGCGAUGCGGGUGGGGGCUCUUUUGGUCGGUUUAUGUUUGUUUCAUCUUGUUCGGUUUACUCGUGUCUGCUGCUCUGAUCAGUGGCCUUGUAAUGAGGUUUCUGGUGAAGGAGCCAAUCAGGAUAGAGGAGAAAUUGAAUUUUGAUUACACGAAACACAGCCCGGCUGCUUAUGUACCGAUAAGUUCUUGUGCCGGUGUGGAAUGCGGUAUCAAGUGUGGUGAGAUUAUUGAUGCGGGGAAGAGUGGGAGAUCGCGGGUUAUUCCUCCUCAUCACAAGCUGGAAGCAACCGUGUCUUUGACAUUGCCAGAGUCUGAGUACAACAGAUAUUUAGGUGUCUUUCAGGUCAGGGUUGAUCUGCUGUCCGCUGAUGGUGAAGUACUUUCAAGUUUGAGCCGUCCGUGUAUGCUGCUCUUCAAAAGCGAGCCUAUCCGCCUUCUCUUAACUUUCCUUAAAGUAGUUCCGCUGAUUGCUGGCUAUGGAUCGGAAUCUGAAACCAUUCACGUGAAGUUUCAAGGUUUUAUUGAAGGCGAUGUACCCACUGCCUGCUUAAAGGUGGUCCUUGCACAACGGGCAGAAUUCCUUCCAGGAGCUGGCAUCCCUGAAAUAUAUGACGCAUCGCUAACCCUGGAGUCCGAGCUUCCUCUUUUAAGAAGGAUCCUAUGGUAUUGGAAGAGGACCAUAUUUAUCUGGAUUAGCAUGGUUAUGUUUACUGUGGAGUUACUUUUUACUCUAAUCUGCUGCAAUCCCAUCCUUAUACCACGAACAAGGUGGAGCGCUGAUUCUGCUAGGAGUGAUGCUCGGAAUGCUUUCCCCUCACAGUGAUGGUUUGGAACUUUGGCCUGCAGAUAGAUGAUACAAAGGUAACAUCUAAUUUUUGGCAUCUGCACUUUUGUCCUCCGUUGAAAGAAAUGAUUCGUCUGCGUUUUGAGUGCCUCCCUCUGCAAAGUGGGGGAACAGCGACCAAGCCGGGCCAAACUCGUGGGGGUCUGGACAAAGUUGUAAGGCCAUUUAAAACAUGUUUUUAAACUGAUAAAUGAGACAUUUGUAAUGUA